ACACAGCCAUCAUUUAUUUUUAUUAUUAUUUUUAUCAUUGUUAUUAUUAUUUAUUAUUAUUAAUUAUUUUAUUAUUAAUUAUUAUUAUUUAUUUAUUAUUAUUAAGCAGCUAAACUAGAAAUAAGGUAUUAGAAGGGGGAGAAGAAGAAUUAAAAUAGCAAUUUUUUUUCAUAUAUUAUUUUUAGUUCGGCUAGCUUCAUCGAGUUAACUUAGUGCUUUCAAUCAUGCUUUAAAAUAAUUAAAUUUAUUCUUCAAGAGAACCUUUAGCAUAUUCCUGACGAUACAUCAUUAUCCUUUGCAGAUUCUGAAUCAACUGAAUAUGAAUCAUUAUUUCAAGAAUCAACAGUGGCUUCCUGUAAUUACGAAAUACAUAUGAACGAUGUAAAUACAAUGGCAACAAUAGUUGAACAAAAAUAUAACAAUAAUUCUAAAUAUGUACCAUUUGAAUAAGUGAAGUGUUUGUGAAAACGAUGCGGUUUUUUAAAAUUUUAUGAGAGAGUUUUAUAAUGCGGAUGAAGCAGUAAUCCUCCAAAUUUGAGAGGAAAGGCAUAAAUUUAUUGAAUUAUUUGAAACAACCACGGAGGGCGAUGUUUUUGCCUUAGCCAACGACGGAAGGCUUACAAUGUAAAGAGAAAUAAUAUAUAUAAAGGGGAAUCACGGAAUAACACGCUGGAUUUCAAAAUUCCUGCAUAAUGCGAAGCUUCUAAAUGAUAUGAUGGACGAUAUUGUUUAACCUUUUAAUCUUUAAAUAAUUGUUGAUCAGAAAUAUUCUUUUGGAAAAGGUUUUUAUUCCUAUUUGUGAAUUUAAAAAAUUUAUAAGAAAAUUAGAAAAUUAUAAAUUAUAAAUUAAAAUAAAUUAUAAAUUAUAAAUUAGGAAAGCUUUAAAUUUAGUUUUUCAGUACACGAAGUGUUAAUUCAUGUGAAUUUUUAAUUCUUCAUAAAUAUAAAUGAAUUUUGGAAAUAAAUUUGAAAAAAGUCAGAUUUUCUUUGUUAAUUUUAGAUUUAUUGAUUGAAGUCAAAUUAAAUUCA